UUGCCGUUAGUCGGUUGAGCCAAUCACAGGUUGCCUUGCCUUCUCCACCCACGGAACUGAGCCUGGUGCGGACGUGUGUGACAGUUAUUCAAAAAUGGCCUUGAAGUCGAUAUGACUGAAGGUUGACUGAGUCGAAUUCUGACAGAAAAUCACGCGCACGGAUACAUGUCUCCAUAUAUUCCGUUUGAGUCGUUUUUCUCAAUUGUCAACAAACGAAGGAAACGCGGAUGAGCCGCCACAUUAAAGGGAAUAAAUCGGACUGUGGGCGAUGGAAGCGUCUGGCUGAGCAGAGAGAAGGACACAGAGCCGAGGUCUCCCUCCGUCACCAUUUUACACUUUCAUAUCGUGGUUAUAAAAGUGUGAAGCCUCUGUUGGCGAAUUACUUAGCUAACGAGCUACCGCUAACCGUGGCAACAAGUGGACACCGCGCCGUUCCUCGCUCCGGUAUGAUGCCAGGCGAAAGCAACAUGACCUCCAUCGUGCACAAAAUCGCCCGGCAGGCACUCGUCACCUUCAGGAGCCCGCCUCGGGUCGGCGAGGAGGCCGCGAAGUCCUUCCUGGAGAACCAGAGCAAGCUGAAGAGUCUGAUGACGGAAGUGCGCGCGGCGGACCUGAAGCUAGCGCCGCGGCGGGGCGGCGGCGACGACAGCCCGCCCGCCGCGUCCCCCGCGCUCCCCUACCAGCACGCCGGGCCGCCGGUCACCUACAUGCACAUCUGCGAGACGGACCAGUUCAGCAUGGGGGUGUUCCUGCUGAAGAGCGGCGCCUCCAUCCCGCUGCACGACCACCCGGGGAUGCACGGCAUGCUGAAAGUCAUGUACGGCAAGGUCAGGAUCAGCUGCUUCGACCGGGCGGAGCGACCCGCCGGCGGCCCGCAGGAGGCGCCCCCGCCGCCCCCGGCCCCGCCGGGCGCUCUGCUGCGCUCCGUGCUGCGCUCCUCCGAGGAGUACACUGAGGAGAGCGGCCCGUGCGUCCUCUCGCCCGACCGGGACAACCUGCACCGGAUCGACGCCGUGGACGGCCCCACGGCGUUCAUGGACAUCCUGGCCCCGCCGUACGACCCGGACGACGGCAGAGACUGUCACUACUACAAGGUCCUGACGGAGGCGGAGGACACGGAGCAGAAGGAGAAGGAGGUCUGGCUCGUGGAGAUCUCGCAGCCGCCGGGCUUCUGGUGCGGAGGGGAGCCGUACCCGGGCCCGGAGGUGUGCCUCUGAUCUGUGGCCGACCUGACGAUUCAUCCACGUGAAGACUUUGUGAUCCGUUCCCGAAGAGAAGCCACAGCACACGACACAGGUGACCUCAUUGUUAGGUGGUGCAAACAGGGCGAUCCUGAGGUGAAAUAUAAGGACUUGAGUUUCCGUUUUAAUUUUAGCCCACAUGACAUUGGAGGCUGAGGCUUUGCUAAAACAACAACCUGCUCUACUGUGAUCCCCUCUGUGUGUCUGUUGAGCAGCAAAGAAACACCUUUCAUGUAUUUCUUUCACACCCAAAAAGAAACCACAACCAAUGGGUUGGUGAUGCAUUUGCUUCUACUUCCUAAUUCUCCGAUGUUGUGAAAGUUUGACACCGUGAUCUCUAAAAUAUGUUGGAUGAAACAUGAGAAGACAUUUGAUGAGUUGCCGCUGUAAGAAAGGAGCAAGGACCUGGUGUUGAGGUCAUGUGGUGCUUUGCAACUGAAGGCCUGUAUAUCUCCCCCCAAAAAACUUGAUUUAGCUUAAUUAAAGGUGGUUUUGUUGUGUGAACCAUUGUUAAUCAGAUGAAGGGUAGAGGUGUUAAAAAAAGCACCAUAAUUGGAGCCACAAUCACUGCUAAAAUAGACCCUUUGAAAUAUUUUUGCAGAAGAAAUGCCAAAUUGAUGAUGAUGAUGCUGCAUUCAAGUGCAUGCAGGAAGUCUACGGCUUGCAUGCAGGUCGAAUGAGAAGGCUUCAUGGUCACGUUGUGCAUUCAAUCCUCUUUUUCUCACCUUUCAAAUACACAACAUGUCAGCUUUUAGUAUUGCAUGAAGUUCCCCCUUUAGAGCUAGAGUAUUUAUUUACAAUGUGGCGUCACACUAACGGUGGCUGUCCGUUGCAUGAGGGAUGCAAUGCUCCACCAGUGAAACCAUGAAUGCUCGAGUUAUAAUCCAGGCUUCUGACUGCAGCACUGAAAGUAAGUGUCCCAAGUCGAGCAGAGUUGAGUCUCCUCUGUGGAAUUUGCCCCCGAGACCAAAGAGGGACUUGUGUCCGUGUCUUUCUGAGCGUCUUCCCGCUUCAGGCUGCGUGGCGUUUAGUUCCAGUCGGAUUAACCUGAAUCUUCAGGUGUCUUUCUGAAGACUGUUAUGUUUAAAACUGUGGGCUUUUUGUUUUGUUUGGUUGGAUCUUGAUCUGUUCAGUCAUUUGUUUAGCUGGCUGGUUUUCAGGAGACCGUUUUGAAGGAUCGGUACGAAGCUUCUCAGCACAAAGUGUGACGUUGGUUACCACGAAAAAGAGAGCUUUUCACUAUUUGGCCCCAGUGUAAAAUAAAAAAAAAAGAUGUCAGCAUGAUUACAAUUUCCAUGAAUGAGGAAUGCAAGGUGAAAGUGAGGGUUUGGGUUCCUGGUGUUCCAAGAUUUCCAGCUCAGCAGCAAAGAAAUGAAGCUUAAAGUAACGACGUGGUUCAAUGUAAAGGUUUUGUUCAAUAAUAAAUGAUGCUUAUAUAUGGUGGCAAAGCUCUUGCAGAACAACUCAAAUCUCUGUUUAAAAAUGGGACCGUUUGGACAUUUUGGAUUAGUUGGAUUAACGGCUUCAUAAUCUGAUGGGGGGGAAAAAAGUAUGUUUCUGCAAUGUUUCGAUUUGAGAGCUGUGAGCGAGCGUCGUAUAGCGUGCUAUAUGUUGUAUCACUGUGGGAAUAAAGGCUGUAGGCGACAAGUCUAAUUGGCUGAUGUUUCAUCCACUGAAGCCUGUCCGGAAUCUAAUGUGCGCUAAACGAUCAGCAACUGAAUCCAUUUAUUUUGCCUCCGGCGAAAGUUUUCUGUCUAUUUGUAUGAAAUGUGAUUAAAGAAAGCAAACAACCAUGACCGUUUAAAUACAUUUCAUUUUGAUUCAACGUGUUUUGGUGACGUUGCCUGUUCCGCAUUGAAUAAAGUUGUUGAUGGUUUUUUUUAAUAAAAUGUAAUUUUCAAACUAGA